GUACAUGUCAAGUCCUUUCCCGUUUUUCCUCUAUAUAUCCCUCCAAAACUUUCCCGUUAUCCACCAUCUCCAUUUCCUCCUUGUUUAUUCCCACUAUACUUUCCUUUUAUUAUCUUUCUCUUUUUCGGAAAAAGAUAGGUGUGAGCCUUUCAGGAUUAGCUUUUGGAAUACUCCAUGUCUCCAACAAUGGCAGUGCUGACAACUGAGAAUGGGGAAAGUCAGUACCAGAAUGGAGUGAAGCGGUUGUACGAGAGUGGAAUAAGCAAAGUUCCAAGCAAGUACGUAUUGCCCAUUUUGGAUCGACCCAAUACAAGUGACCAGAAACCAAAUGUGUCCAGCCAAAAUCUCAAGCUCCCCGUCAUUGAUUUCAAGGAAUUGCAGGGUCCAAAUAGAGCCCAAGUCCUCAAGUCCCUGGCUAAUGCUUGUGAGCAAUAUGGCUUCUUUCAGUUGGUAAACCAUGGCAUUCCAAGUGAUGUUAUAAGCAGCAUGAUCGACGUGAGCACAAGGUUCUUCGAGCUCCCUUUUGAGGAGAGGGCCAAGUACAUGUCCUCGGAUAUGCAUGCUCCUGUUCGAUAUGGAACUAGCUUUAACCAGAACAAAGAUAAGGUGUUUUGCUGGAGAGACUUCUUGAAGCUAAUGUGCCAUCCUUUACCAGAUGUCCUUCCUCAUUGGCCUUCUUCACCGGUGGAUAUGAGGAAAUUGGCGGCUACCUACGCACAAGAAACCAAAUACUUAUUCCUAAUGCUAAUGGAAGCCAUCUUUGAGAGCUUGCGACUUGUGGGAACCACAGAGAACAACACGACAGAAGAAGAUGAGAUGUUAAAAGAAUUCCAAGAUGGGAGCCAGCUAAUGGUUGUCAAUUGCUACCCGCCAUGCCCCCAACCGGAUCUAACCCUAGGGAUGCCUCCCCACUCUGAUUAUGGCUUCCUCACACUUCUUCUCCAAGAUGAAGUUGAAGGACUUCAAAUCCAAAAACAAGAUCAAUGGGUCACCGUUGAACCAAUCCCCAAUUCUUUUGUGGUCAACGUUGGUGAUCACCUUGAGAUAUUUAGCAAUGGAAAAUACAAGAGUGUUCUACAUAGAGUCUUGGUGAAUUCUACAAAAGGUCGAAUUUCAGUGGCCUCUUUGCAUACUUUACCUUUCAUGCGAUCAGUUGGACCGUCGCCGAAACUUGUCAAUGAAUCAAAUCCAAGGCUUUACAAGGACACUGAUUUUGCCAGCUUCUUAGAGUAUAUUUCAUCUCGUGAGCCAAAGAGGAAGAAUUUCCUUGAGUCUAGGAAAUUAUUUACUUAAUUUAAAAUAAAAAAAAUGCAUGGCGCUGCCAACAACUGGUGGAAAAUCUGCCUCGUUCGUUGACUUUUAGCAGUUCGAAUUAUAUAUGUAGCAAUGAGUAUUUGGAAAUUAAUUUUCUCAUAUAUAUACUUUUCUUUUUCUUUUUUGUA